UGCUGAAUGACUCUUUUUCUUUUCAGUGGCGUUCUCAGUAGAACACAUAUUACUGCCACAAUGCCUCAAGGAAGCACAGAUAAUCUGGAUGAGCAGCAGGUGCAGCUCCUGGCUGAGAUGUGCAUCCUUAUUGAUGAAAACGAUAACAAGAUUGGAGCAGAUACUAAGAAAAACUGUCAUUUGAAUGAAAACAUUGAUAAAGGAUUAUUGCACCGAGCGUUCAGUGUUUUCUUAUUCAAUACAGAAAAUAAACUGUUGUUGCAGCAGAGAUCAUAUGCUAAAAUUACUUUUCCAGGUUGUUUUAGCAACACUUGUUGUAGUCAUCCGCUAAGCUAUCCACUAGAACUGGAAGAAAAUGAUGCCAUUGGUGUUCGGAGAGCAGCACAAAGACGACUGAAAGCAGAAUUAGGAAUUCCCAUGGAGCAGGUAACUCCAGAAGAAAUCUCCUAUCUGACACGAAUUCACUACAAGGCCCAGUCUGAUGGGAUUUGGGGUGAACAUGAAAUAGACUAUAUCUUAUUUAUACAGAAGGAUGUAACACUGAAUCCUGACCCCAAUGAGAUCCAGAGUUACUGUUACGUGACACAGAAUGAACUAAAACAACUCUUAGACAAAGCCUCCAGGAAUGAAGUUAUGAUUACUCCAUGGUUUAAACUAAUUGCGGAGACCUUUCUCUUCAAGUGGUGGGAUAACUUACCUAACUUGAAUACGUUUGUUGAUCAUGAAAGAAUACAUAGAAUGUAAAUGGCCAUGGGUGAAAGAUGCUGAAGGCUAGCAAUGACAUGCCGUCUCACUAACGGUGUGUGGUAAUUCAGACUCAAGUGCUUUAAAAAAAAAAUGGUCCAUCUGGAGCACAUUUAACAAGUAACUUCAUACAGAGAUUGUUAUAGUCUUUUUUUUUUUUUUUUUUCCUCAAAUGCCUCCCCUAACCCCUCCUUCCCUGUGGGUGAAUUUAGCUUGGUCUAAUUUAAAAUGAGUAAUGGUAACAUAACAAGCCUCCUUGCUUUGUCUUUCUCCAUUACCCUCGUCAUGUGAUGUGAAAGAAACCUUAAGCUGUGUGUACCCAUGUUGCUCUUAUUUCCUUGUGUAAUAACUGUGUGUGCUGGCAAGGGAAUUUGGAUAUCACCUGUCCAGCUUGUUCAGUAGAGAUAGUAUCCUUUCAACUUCACAUGACUUACUUAAACUCAUUUCUAAUCGAUAUUUCUAAAGAUGGAGUUCUACACUGAUGUGGGGAAGACUGGUUCCCUAAAGAAAACCAAUUAGUUCAAAGCAAUCAAGAUAAUUGCAAAUAGACCUCUUCAGCUACUGUACUGUCUCAUUUAAAAAAAAAAAA